AUGUUAGAAUACAUGGUAACUUCAGAACUAUUUCAGGGUAUCGCUCCCCGCAUAUUUUACGGAAAAGCAGCAAAUAUUCCACAUAUUGUUGCUGUGCUACCACCGGACGAUCCAUGUGUAUCAGACGUUGGCAAAUCAUCAGAUGAGGAGGAGCUGUUUGGCGGAGACUAUAGCGAUUUGGACCCCAAUUAUCAGCAGCCGCCCACAUCUAAGAAGCGCAAAUGCUUACCAGUAGCUGAUACUUCAAGGGACUGGGAAUCAGAAGAUGAUUUACCUUUAGCGAAUUUUGUGCAAACAUCGAGAGAUAAUGCUAUACCAGGUGGUGAUAAACGUUACACUUGGAGCAAAACAGAUUUCCAACACAUCAGAUAUCCAAAACAUGUCUUUUUUGCUGGAGUAGACGGAGAAUAUUCCCCUCUGGCUUAUUUCGAAAAAUUUUUUGACGAUGAUUUGUUUGAGCAUAUUGCACACCAAGCGAAUAUUUACUCCACACUGACAACUAGGCGUUCUAUUGAUACUACAGCUAAUGAAAUAAGAUCGUUUGUAGGAAUUGAGUGGAUAAUGGGGGUAGUCCAAAUGCCAGCAAUCGAAGACUACUGGGCCAUAGAAACGAGAUAUAGUAUUAUUGCCGAUGUUAUGCCUGUAAAGCGCUUCAAGAAAUUGCGAAGACGGAUACACUUUCAGGAAAACAAUACUGAUCCGCAAGGAGAUAGAUUAUUCAAAAUUCGCCCCCUUAUAGAAAAACUGCGACAAAAAUGUAUAGCUAUCGAAGAGGAAGGUUUGUUUUCUAUAGAUGAAAUGAUGAUUGCUUGCAAAGGCAAGAAAACUGGAAGUCUGCGCCAAUAUAUGCCUAAAAAGCCAAAGAAGUGGGGGUUCAAGAUGUUCGUUCGAGCAGGCGUGUCAGGAAUUGUGCAAGACUUUCUCAUCUAUACCGGCUCUAGCACUUUUGACGAAAUUCUAUUUUCAAAGGAGGAACAACAAAUGGGACUUGGUGCAAAAGUGGUACUUGUCCUGUGCAGAACUAUUCAGAAACCAGAAGAGUCUUUCGUCUAUUUUGCUAACUUCUUUUGUUCAUUGGAACUAAUUGAAUACUUGAAGAAAAAUAAAAAAUUGGCAAGUUUGGGAACCAUUAGAAGCAACAGACUUAGAGGAUGUCCCUUGCUAAGUGACAAAGAACUUCUACGGAAGGGGAGAGGUAGCUUUGAUUACAGAGUAGACAAUUCCGUGGGACUAGCGGUGAUAAAAUGGGCAGACACUAAAUGUGUGACUCUGGCGAGUUCGUAG